GACUUUGAAAACGCUUGAAAACAAAAACACUUCUAUCUCUUAAAAAUCGUAAAUAUUGUAUAAGUUGAACAUCAGAAAAUUAAAAAAAGGUCAAAUUAAGAUUGAUAAUGGCUAAGAAAACGGAGAUUCAAAUAUCACACUCUCCUACGGACGUUAUUUCAUCCCUCACUUUUGCUCCUUCUUCAAAUCAAUUUUUAGCAGCGAGUUCUUGGGAUGGAACAGUUCGUUUAUAUGACAUUGUUUCUAAUACCAUGCGGAAAAAGUUUGUCAACAACUGUCCGAUCCUUGAUGUCUGUUUUCAAGAUGCUGUUCAUAUGAUAAGUGGUAGUCUUGACUCUCAGCUUAAACUUAUGGACCUGAAUACCAACACAGAAUCGAUAAUAGGCAAUCAUGAUAACACUAUAAAGUGUGUGGAAUAUGCAAGUAAACUUAAUGGAAUUGCUACCGGUAGUUGGGAUAAAACUGUUAAAUUAUGGGAUACUAGAGAGAAAACUUGUGUUGGAACAUAUGAACAAAACAAUGGAAAAGUAUAUUCGAUGAGUGUUGUUGAUGAGAAACUUGUUGUGGCAACAUCAGAUCGUAAAGUUCUAAUAUGGGAUCUCCGAAAUAUGAGCAAUUAUCAAAUGCGACGAGAAUCAUCUCUGAAAUAUCAAACAAGAUGUAUUCGAGUGUUUCCUAACAAGGAAGGCUACGUUAUGUCAUCAAUUGAAGGCCGUGUUGCUGUUGAAUAUUUUGACAAUGAUCCUGAAGUUCAAAAGAAAAAGUUUGCUUUCAAGUGUCAUCGUGUCAAAGAGAAUAAUGUUGAACUCAUUUACCCUGUCAACGCUAUAAGCUUCCAUAGCGAAUAUAACACAUUCGCUACUGGAGGGAGCGAUGGAUAUGUCAGCAUCUGGGAUGGUUUCAAUAAGAAACGACUGUGUCAAUUCCAUCAUUAUGACUCUUCAAUUGCAUCUCUCGCUUUUAGUAGUGAUGGAAGCACAUUAGCUAUUGGAUGCUCGUAUCUGGAUGAAAUGGAAAAGCCACCAGAACCGAUGCCUGAGCCAAACAUAUUCGUGAGAUAUGUCAAUGAACAAGAAAUCAAACCGAAAUAAGAAAAUCCUCAAAACUAUUUAAAAUAUAUUUUUAAUUGACAUUUAACUUUUCUUCUAUAAACUGAAACUCGGAAAAUUAAUAAAUCAUUUUAUAAAUUCACCAAUACAAAGUGAAACAUUUGUUCCACCAAA